CAACAAACAGCAGCCCAAGAGACACAGAGCAGGAACCGAAGCAGCAUGAUAGCUCAAGGCAUCUCUGGGCUCAUGCGACCCUUGAGAAGUAGACUGAACGUGAGCAAAAUCCGCUUGAUUUAUCUCUGUGGGAUGACUGAGCAGCAUCGCACACCCACCAGGCAGGGGUCAGAGAGACGCUUCAGCUCCACGAACAAGCUCCGGGAUGCUCCUGGGGAAUUGAGCUCUGCGGACCAGGUGAUGGUGCAUUUUAUAAAUCGUGAUGGAGAACGACUUACGGCCACAGCCAAAGAAGGGGAGAGUUUGCUGGAAGUCGUAGUCAAUCAAAACUUGGCCAUCGAUGGAUUUGGUGCAUGUGAAGGGACACUAGCCUGCUCUACCUGUCACCUCAUCUUUGAGAAGGACACCUUCCAAAAGCUGGAUGCCGCCUCAGAUGAAGAGCUGGACAUGCUGGACUUGGCGUAUGGACUCACAGAGACAUCUCGCCUUGGCUGCCAGGUGUGCAUUAAGAAGUCGAUGGAUGGUCUGACAGUGAGGGUCCCCAUGGAUGUAGCAGACAUCAGGAGGCAGCAGGAGGUUGGAAAGCGAAGCAAACAGUAGCUGGGAACAGCUCCUGCACAGCUGUGUUCUCAUUCGAGGUGUGGCAUGGUACUUUGCUUUUGAUUAGCACUAUUGCUUUUUGUGCCUGGCUUGCAGUAGACUGUAGAGGUCUGAUUUGGUGUAAAUGCCUGUUCAGCAAACGUCUUAUUUAAACAAAGCUUAAUGCUAGAGUCUUUGGUAUGUGUUUUAAGUUAAGUGCUUAAGUGCUGUGCUGAAUACAACUGGACUAAAGCUUACACUGGCUUUACAUUUCCCUGGGUGGGUGACAGUAAACAUCUGUGCUGUAUGUUACUCAUCCUCUCCUUUGAAAUUUAAGGAAUUCUGCUAUUCUAAGUAGCUGUCUGGAUUUUUGAAAGGCUUGCGCCUUUAACUGUAGAGCAGAAUUCUCCCAGUUUGGGAAGCUUAAGACAAGGGAGCUGUUCCAAAUACAAGAUGGUGUGCUGACUGGCUUGGUGAUGUAGGCUUGACUGUAGCAAGAAUGUCGUGAUGAUCAUUUGAAUGCUGACAUUUCCUAUGAGAGGGAAACGCUUCCUAUGAUUUUGAGUGUCAUGUUACUGAAUUGUUAUCUGUUAUGACCUGCUACUUUCUCCAAAUAUUAAAUUUUCCCACUGCUAUACUACCACAUACAUAAAAUAAAAUUCUAAUAAUCAGGCUUUCAGACCUAUGAGAUACACUUUUCUGGUAACAAGAGCCUGGCUGGAACAGAAUGCGUUAGAUGGAAAUUUAGGUAUAAUAUCCUGUUGUCCCAGUUUACUUGACUGGAUUUUUCCGCUCGUGUUUGAGUGAAUGUGUCAAACUUGCCAUCUAAAUGCUGUAGAGAACCCAUGAGCUGUAACUGAGUUUUCCAAGCAGAAUUCUGCACAGAAACAUUUCCUGUGGAUUUAGUUAAAACCUAGGCUAUACUUAGCAACCAAUUUAAACCAACAAGUUACUGUUCUUAUGCAGGGUAUCAACCCCA